GCUGUUUACCAGCGCCUCUUGAGGCCUUGCUGCAGGAUUUGGGGAAGCUGCGGCCGCCAGAGAUCCGACGUGGAGGGCUGACCCUGAGCGAGAGCCCGGUCCGCAAACGGGCACUCUGCUUGGGUAGCCCCGAGUUCUGCCGGCAGAGCCCCAGGAUCUCUCCUGUGCAGAAAGCCACACCUUCCACAACCUCACCGGGGGCAUUCCUAUCCUUUGCUGAGGCCCUGCCGGAUCCUGACUCGGUUCCGCCUCUCUGCCGGUACGCAUCGCCAGUGAAGCCUUGGAAGCAGGUCAGCCACUGGGAGGCUCGCACGCCGGACACCACCCGAGGCAGCGCCACCUCGCUGGGGCCCUCGCUUCCAUCGGAGUCGCGGCUACUGAGCCUCUCUCAGGCUCCCUCGCCUGAAUAUCUCGGUGAGACACAAAGUACGGUGAUGGGGACAUCACCGGAAGACCAGGAAGAGCCAAUCAGCCCGGAGGCUCCGAGGAAAGAGUCGGAAGACGAGGCAGAGCCCGACGAAGACAAGGACGAAGACACAGACGAUGAGGCGGAGGGUGAGGAGGAGGCCCGGGAGUCGCUGGAGUCUUUCCUGAAGCGGCUGGCAGCAGAGACCCCGCAGGACCUGGCCAAAGCCUUGGCGAAGACCUGGUCUGACGAGGAAGGCUUUCGACUUCAUAAGUGGAUUGCACCAAAUCGUCGUCGGUCGGCGGGGCUGGUAGUCUACAGAGCAGCUCAGCGUGUAAUUGCCUCCGUGUCACUUGCCUCUGCACCGCUGCUUCUUCUCAGCCCGAAAGCCGAGAGCCAAGCGAAGCCUCGCUGCUCGCUGUCGGGCCACUUUUUUCAGUUCCUCGCUUCCGCCAUGGAGGAGAUCAACUUUAAGUUCGCGGACCGUGCCGAAGUACCGGGAUGGCUUGGAGUGGACGUGCAGUCAGAGGUGAUGGGACGUAUCCUGGAGGUGAAGCCGGACAGGAUCCUGUUGGUUUGCGAGAAGACGGUUGAUGAGAUGCACGGCGACUAUUUUAAGCCACUGAUGGAGGCCGGGGCCUCUGGUGGUGUUGGCGACAACUUCCACUCGGAGGUCGUGCCGCCGCUGGAGAAGAUGGUGUUGCCGAGCGGCGAUGAGGCGAAAUCCUGGGACCACCUGUCGCAGCUCAUGGAGUGGGCCUUCAGCACCGGUGCGACCAAGAAGUCGCUGGUCGUGGCCUUCGGUGGUGGUGCCCUCAUGAACGUCGCGGGUCUGUUUGCCUCGAUCUUCUACCGUGGAAGCAAGCUGAUCUACGUGCCGACCACGCUUCUCGCCAUGCACGACGUUACGACAUCUCUCAAGACGUCGAUUUGCUACAACGGACGAAAGAACAACAUCGGCUCCUUCUACGCGCCUCUGAAGAUCCUGAUUGAUGUGGGCUUCUGCCGAACGUUGCCCAGGGCAGAGCUGUUUUCUGGCCUUGGCGAGCUCGCAAAAAAUGCGGCGCUGCUGGGGGGGAAGCACGCGGAUGGCUUCCGAAAGGCCUUGAGCUCUGAGAGGAUCAACUCGGAUGCAGGCGGAUCAGGCGACGAGUUCACCAUGGACGAUCACAUGCUCAUGGAGCUCUUGGCUCUGGGCAUUGAUGCCAAGAUGUCAGUGCUGGCAAAAGAUGCCUACGAAAGGAAUGCUGGCAUGAUCUUCGAAUAUGGGCACACCGUGUCCCACGCCAUAGAGAAGGCCUAUGGCGACGGCGUGGUGCCCCAUGGCCUGGGUGUCACCUACGGCAUGCUCUCCAGCUCCUACGCUGCAGAGCAGCUGGGGAUCAUGAGCAAGGAGCCACGGGCUGCGCUUAGACCCCUGCGCAGAAGCUCCCAAGUUACCAGACUCGCCUUCUGGCCAUGUUUCGUUAACUGUCUUCUUCAGGCUCUUAUCAGUAUUGCUCAUUGA